AUGCCUCCAAUAAAGACGAAAGAAACUCAGUCUAGAGAAAAUUUUCUAGCUGGCCCUCUCGAUUCGACUUACCAUCCAAAACCCAAAACCCAUCGCAUCGUUAAACUUGAAACUCAGGAGGCCACGAUCCCGAGUCUAAACUCUUCUGUCUCAUACCCCGCUCCAGUCGUCAAUAAGCCCUCUAUUUCCAAGCCCAAAAGCAAGGCAUAUUACGCCAUCAAACCUCAGAAAGACAAAUCUCCAUCUCCGAAAGCCCCUGAUCCAUGUAUAACUCUGGCCGCCCGAAGAGAGCUUUUAGUCAUCUGGAAAUCUGAUCCCCGCGUUCCAACAAUUGCUUCGCGACAUGCAUGGGCCGUCUCGCGGAAUGUAAGUCCCUUGCGCGUCAACCAGUGGUUCGGCGCUCGCAAAUCAAGAGCGAAGAAGUUGGGACAGCCGAUAUCAAACGACUCGUACGAGCUUUCGUUGGAGCCACGAGCUGUUUCAGUGAAGAGAGAGCUCUUAUCUCCAUCACCUACCUGUUCUGACAAAACCGAUAUCAACUUGCGAUCUGACGACACACUCGUUUCAUCUGAUGCCUACGGUUCUGACGCAUCUUACAUGUCUUCGAGAUCUUCCGUGGCUGCUUCGUCUAUGACUCCGGAACUUGCGCAAGGAAAUCGGUAUCUGCUCCAUGAAGCCCAAAAUUCUUCGUCAGUAUCACGCACCCUCACUCCGAAGACAAAUGACGCACAGGACGCAAGUUACAGAAAAGAUCUCUUUAGCCUAGCGCCAAGCUUUAGCAUUUACGACGACAGCAGCACUGAUAACAUACCCGAUUUGUUACGUAAACUCUGUAACCAGGGAGAUUCAGACAUAUCCGACUUUACUUGCACUCUUUGCAGACCCAUGGAAGAUUAUCCGGAAAUAGCUCUAGAUAAACUUGUUCGGAAGUCGGUCUUCCCGUUGGAUACCUCACUCACUAUGCUUCCCGCUUACGCCCGCCUUGAUCCCGACCCCGAUACCCCGAUGGAGCUCUCUGCUAUUCCCUACCUGUUCUGCACACCUGGCCUGGCCUUCACACCUACGCAUUCCGGUUACUUGACUUCCUGGAUGAAGGAGGAACGGACUUCCUGUCAAUUACUUUGA